AUGGCACCUUCUGAGCUUAUAUCGGACCUGGAUUCUCAAUAUCACACUAUUCGCCGGAUCGGUCCAUCCACCUGCCAGGGAUUCAGUAGGACUUCUGGCGAGCGAGUUGCUAUUAAGCUCGAGGCUACCGAUCAUAAAACCCCUCGACUGUUACAUGAGACCAAUGUUUUCAAAAAACUAGCUGGCAACGUGGGAGUCCCAAUUCUCCAUUACUCGGGUACUAUCGGACUUUAUCACUUUGCUAUUUUUGAUCCCCAAGGGCCUACCUUGGAAGAGCUGUUCGAGUCUUGCUCUCGCAAAUUUCGCUUAAAGACUGUCAUCCUUAUCGCCGAUCAACUCAUUUCUCGUAUUGAGGAGGUCCACGCUCAAUCCUGGAUCCUCGGCCAGAUUGAGGCCAGCAGCUUUGCUAUAGGCGAACGGGAGCUUUGUAGUUGGAUUCGUAUCAUCAAGCUUCGUGAUGCUCAACCCCUCAAGAGCUCGACUAGCACUGCUUGUACUACGAAACUUCAAGGCACUUUGAAUACUGCACCAUUGUACAAGGAUUUGGAGCGUCUCGGAUAUACUCUACUUUACUUUCUUCGUGGCUACGCUCCUCGGCAGAACCAGCAAAAUAUCGGAGAGCUGUGUCGAGACCUUCCGAGAGAAUUUCUCACCUACUUCUAUUAUGUCAGGAGCCCUCGGCUUGGUAGCAAGCCGAACUACCUUUACCUCAAAGAGGUCUUUAAUGGUCUUUUCCGCCGCAAGCGCUUUGAGGACCGCUUCGUUUUCGACUGGACUAUACGCAAAUACUUUCCUCUUCAAACCAAUACCGCGUCUCCGGAAUUUAUUCGUGACGAAGCAAAGCUUAGGUAUAAAGACCUGUUAGCAGCUGAGGAGGUGUGCAAAAAGGAGCAAGCAAGUGUCGGCCAGAUCCAACUGAUUCUUAAAUCGUCUCGCGCGCUAGUUAUGCGGUUUUAUCGAUACUUGGAAGCAACUCAACACCCUGCUGCGAGCGAAUCUUUACGUAAUUCAGCAUCGGAACUAGACGUCCCUACCAGGUUGUGGAACUAUGGCAUCUCGAGACCUUUCCACCUACUCAUUCUCCAACUGCUCACACAUCGUUCUCCCGAGUCACUUCCUACUCUCGAGGGGACAUGGGCGGGGUACCUUUCCACUCUUGCGCGCUACCGAAUGUCUAUCGAGGACGCUGGUAAUAUAGAUGGAGAGAUCUGGAGAAAGGAAAGUGUCUACUGGGCAUCUCUGCGCGAUGAUAGCACUAGAAGGCUUGAGCUGGAUACUAUAUUGAAACGCUGGAUUAGUUCAAAGCCGAGUACUGAAGAUUGA